ACUCGUGGAUCAUCUGUUCGCACAUACCAGGCAAAGACAACGUUAUUGCAGACAUAGCUUCUCGUAAAAUUAAUGACAGACACGAAUGGAAACUGGGUGAAAACAUCUUCAGGGAGUUAUCUCAAGUGUUUGGUACUCCUUCCAUUGAUCUGUUUGCCUCUAGAAUUAAUAAGCAAGUAAGCACGUUCUGUUCGUGGAAACCAGACCCAGAGGCAAAAUAUUUUGAUGCGUUCUCAUUUAAAUGGACACAGUUUCAACUUUGUUACAUCUUUCCUCCGUUUUCAUUAAUUACUAGGUGCCUGCAAAAGCUAAAAGCAGAGGUAGCGAAAGGGUGGAUGGUGGUGCCACUAUGGACUUCGCAGCCUUGGAUGGGCACUCUCCUCCAGUUGCUGGUCGAUCACCCUCGUCUGAUCAUGGGGAAGGAUGUGCUGACGCACCCAUCUACGGCAGAACCUCACCCGCUAUUGAAACACACGAGUCUCAUGGCGUGCCUUCUAUCAGGGAAUCCCUACGAGAACAGGGCGUAUCUGCAGAGGGCGCAGAAAUCAUUAUGGCAUCCUGGAAACCUGGCACAGAGAAGCAGUACAGGCCACACAUCAGAAGGUGGGCCCAGUUUUGUCAUAGACGGGAUAUCGAUCCCGUUAAUCCCACUGCACCAGAAAUAAUAAACUUUUUAACGGAAACAUUCCACCGGAACGUGGGCUAUGACAGUAUCAACACAGCAAGAGGUGCUCUAUCUUCAUUGGGCAUUGUAGUCAAUGGCUGUAGGGCAGGGGUCCACCCUCUGGUGAUCCGCUUUAUGAGAGGGGUGUUCAAUUUGAGACCAACCAAACCCAGGUACACAGAAACUUGGGAUGUUAAGCCCGUUUUGCAGAAACUGAGAACGAUGUACCCACUGAAAAACCUGUCACUUAAAGAAGUCACAUUAAAACUCGUGAUGUUGAUGGCACUGACACAAGCUGCCAGAGUACAGACGUUACACUUGCUGGUAUUAAAUGGCAUUACUAUAGGAGAUGACUUCAUUUCUGUGCCUUUGGGGGGAAUUCUUAAGCAGGGUAGGCCUAGCUACAACAUUCGUAGAAUUAAGUUUCAGGCUUAUCCAAAGGACGCCAGUUUAUGCGUGUGUGAAACCUUGAAAUGCUACAUUAAAGCCACACAAGAACACCGACAAAUCACUCAACUCAAUGACAUUAAAUUAUUCAUAAGUUUCAUCAAACCACAUAAAGCAGUGUCUAAAGACACUAUUGCACGUUGGCUUAGAACUAUGCUUAAUAUGUCUGGGGUAAACACCAACACUUUCACAGCAGGUAGUGUGAGGCCAGCCGCGGCAUCAAAAGCCAAAGCUAUGGCUGUACCAAUUGAAUGCAUAAUGGCAAAAGCAGGAUGGUCAAGGGAAACCACCUUUGCAACUUAUUAUGACAAGCACAUUGUCACAGGGACAGAUGCAUUUCAGGAGGCAGUGUUGGAAUAAGUACAUCAGCGGACAGCAGCUUGGAUGCCCAUGUUUGACUCUAAUGCAGCUGCUUUUGUGGGCCUCAAAGUUAGGUUAAGAUUAUGUUUACAUGUUACAUGCAAAUCUUUAUGUACAUACAUUAAUAAAUAUGUUAUGUUUACACAAGGUACUGGUGAGCCCGGGUUACAGAGACUACUGGGAGUCAUAAGUGACAGCGGAUUAAUAUUUUUAAGGUUUUAUUUGGGGAUGAUGGAUUACUACAAAUUGUUCCAAUUGCAUAGUCCUCAACAGGUCAAGUUGUCAUUUUGUGAUAUGUACAUGCUCAUACAUGUACUUGCAAAGUCAAUAUGAUGUUAUCUGUUUCCAAUAAGGUUAUUAUUACCCAAAAUUCACAAUACACAUAAGGUACGACACCCACAUGGCUUCAAAGCCUCAUGUGGAGGAUUCCUCCAGCCGAACGGCGAUUUGAUGAAGUAAAAUUAGAAAAGUACAUGAGACUUACCGUAGGUCAGUUGAAGUGUACUUAUAAUUUUGCGAAGCAAAUCGCCUCGGCUGGUUGGAAGCCUUCACAUGCCCUCCUCUCCCACCCUUCGCUACUAAUUACACUACUAAUUACGCUACUAAUCACAA